AUGUCCGCAAAAUCCAAAAAGAAGGAACUAGCAAUCCCUCGCCCAAGCUCAAGCGUCGUCCUCAUCUCCCCAGAAAAUGAAGUCCUCCUCCUCCACCGCGUAAAGACUUCAACCUCAUUCGCAUCAGCGCACGUCUUCCCUGGAGGCAACAUCUCCGUCCGACACGAUGGAGAAUUCACAGUCAGCCCGGAAGAUCCGCGGCGACAUUAUGAUGCCAUCAAUUAUCGGCGGGCAGCUAUCCGGGAACUGUUUGAGGAGAGUGGAAUCUUACUUGCGAGAGACGUUACUAACCCCAGGAAACUGGUGCAUGUAGAUGAGGCGGAGAGGGAGAAGGGGAGGCAUGACAUUCACAGUAAUAAGAUUGGCUUUGAGGAGUGGUUGAAGAGACAGAAUUCGAAGGCUGAGAUGGAUACUGAUAAUCUGGUCCCAUUUACGCAUUGGAUAACACCGCCGAAUCUGCCAAAGCGGUUCUCGACGCAGAUGUAUCUCUACUUCUUACCCAUUCCGGACUCGUCCGCAGCAGGUGAGAGUCUAGCGCAAGGAUUACCCGAAGGAGGAAGGCAGGAAGUGCAAGUUCCUUCUUCAGACGGCGGCGUGGAGAUCAACGAAGCCAGGUUCUUACCAGCAUCGACCUGGCUACAGCAAGCUCAAGCGGGAGAAAUAAUUCUUUAUCCGCCUCAAUUUUUACUUCUUUCGAUCGUUGCUCAGUUCUUGGAUAAAGCUCCUCCUACGUCUAAUGCAACGGAGAGACAAGCGCGAAGGAAAGAAUUACUUGAGUUUAUUCACGCCGGCAAUCCGCCGUGGACAGAUAAGUUUGUCUCCCCGCGAAGUCUGCAAUUGCUGGAUGAUCAGAGAGCUGUUCUGGCAUUGGAUCAUCCGGGGCCGGAGUUGGUUGGUUCAGGGAAGAAGGGGGAUGACGAGAGAGUAAUUUUAGUGAAGUUCGGGAAAGAUGGGCCGAGGAACGUUGAUGUGCGAUGGAAAAGGGAUGUUUUGAAGGAUGAGAAGAGUUCUUUAUAG